AUGGUGUCUUUCCUUUUUUUUUUUUAUUUGCAUUUUCUUCUCUAUCCCUCUUUUUUCGUCAUUCAUAUCUUACCUUUAAAUCUUUUUUUUUCCUAUCUCUUUUUAACUUUUUUCUUUCAUUUUGCAGUUCGUUCAUCUUUUCUGCUUUUCUUUCUCUAUUUCUUUCCUUUACUUUUCUUUUUUUCACCUUCUUUCUUUCCCUUUUUCGUUCAUUCUUUGUUCGUUUGUUUGUUUGUUUCUUUCCUUUGGUUAUUAUUUUCUUUCUUUCGUUUUUACUCGUUCAUUCACCAUUUCUCAUUCUGUCUCUUUCUUGCUUUUUCCUUUUAUGCAUUCUUUCUUUCUUUCGCCUUUUCUUACUUCCAUUUUACUCUCUUUUUUCUUUCUUUGAUUUCUUUAUUUUCUUUUUCUUUCUUUCUUAGACCUGUUCACACAACUUUUCUUUCUCUCUUUCUUUUUUUCUUUUGUUCAUUUACACUUCCACCGUUUCUUUAUUUAAAUUGUUCAUUCAGCCUUUUAGUCGUUCUUUCUCUCUUUUCAACGCUUCUUUAUAUUUCUUUUUGUUUUACAUACGUUUUGAUUGCAUCUUAUUUUUCCUUUCUUUUCUUCGUUAUUUUCUUUCCUUCUUUCUUUUCUUUACCAGUUAUCUCUUGUUACUUUUUCAAUCAAUUUUACUUCAUCUCUUCUUUCUUUCUUUUUUUUUCUAUUUAA